AUGUCAUCGGACCAGAAGAAAACAGGAGCAACAACGGCGACGACGACGAGCUCAUCAACUGAUGCCACUCCGGGUUUCCAACUUAAUCAAAAAAAGCUGAAAGAACUUGCAGAAAAUGCACAAGCAAUCAAAAUCGGUGGCAAGGGCACAGCUCGACGAAAGAAGAAAAUCAUUCAUCGUCCAGCAAAUGCUGAUGACAAAAAACUUCAAAGUUCAUUGAAAAAACUUGCCGCAAAUAACAUUCAAGGAAUUGAAGAGGUUAAUAUGUUUAAAGAUAAUGGUGAAGUCAUUCAUUUUACUAGUCCUAAAGUACAAGCAUCGCUUGGCUCAAACACAUAUGCUAUCAGUGGUCCUUCGGAUACGAAAUCUCUUCAAGAAAUGUUACCGACAAUUAUGUCACAAAUGGGCAUAUCAACUGAUAGUGGUUCAGCUAGCGAAGCUGGCCGACGUAAAUUUGGUACGCGCGGUGAUCAAUCGCAACCUGGAAAUGAACCAGAAAGUGCUGAGGCUGAUGAUGAGGAAGUACCCGAUCUUGUGGAAAACUUUGAUGAAGUAUCGAAUACAAAUUUGCCAUUUGCUUUUUCGCGUAUUCUAGACAAUAUGUUGCAUAUCCGGAGUAUAUUUGCUCUCAAUCUGUUAAUUAUCUGUGUGAAUUGCAAAGAUAAGAUUCCGACGUUGAAUGUUAAUCGAACAAUUGUCUCAUCACGAUCUAUUUAUGAUUUAGUACAAGCCCGUCGUGUUGCAUCUCGAUUAGCUGCGUAUCACAAUCGAACACAUCGAAAGAAUCAUCCGAACGCGUAUUUUUCCAACGCAAAUAUUGAUUACAUUUACUCACAAAGAAGUCAAACAAAUGAUUUGAACAGUUCCCAUCAACAAUUCUUUUCUGCACGUUUCAAAAUCGUUAUUAUUUUUAGUGCAAUUACCCUGAUAUCCAUGAUAGCGAUUAUUAUAACAUGUAUAGUUACGAAAUACUAUCGUAGUAAAAAUCCAGCAACAGUUGAACAAAGAGAGCCAUUGAACCAAACACGUCGAACGAUCGUUUUUUCUAAUCCAAAUUAUGAUCAAAGAAUUUUCACUCGAAAACCAAGAGCAAUGCCAACUGAGGUGUGA